AUGGAGGCACCCCUAGUAAGCUUGGAGGAGGAGUUUGAGGAAGGACCCGGGGAUGAUGAGGGGAUCCUGCGCCAGCUGGCGGACCCAGCGCUGGCCGAGUUGGAGAGCUUCUCGGCCGAGAUGAUGAGCUUCAAAUCCAUGGAGGACCUGGUGCAGGAGUUUGACGAGAAACUCACCGUCUGCUUCCGCAACUAUGACGCUGCCACUGAGGGCCUGGCCCCUGUGCGGGGACGUCUCCAGGCACAGGAGGAGGAGGAGCGUCUUCAGGAUGAGGAGGUCUGGGAUGCUCUCACUGAUGGCUUCACCCCCCGGAGCUCCUCCCGGCCCUGGCUGCUCCCCGAGGCCACUGACGGCACCGACCCCCAGCUCUGUGAGAAGGAGGAGGAGGAGCUCACUGAGAGAAGUGAGCAAGACUCGGGCAUCAACGAGGAGCCACUGCUGACAGCUGAGCAGGGCCACCCCACCCCAUGGCCACGGAGGGUGUGGGAUGUGGAUUUAGAUGUGGAUGGAGGUCAUGGGUGCUGA